AUGCAAAAGAAAAAAACUGACAAAAAAAUAAACACUCGGAGCAACAACAACGCUCGCUCUCGCUAAAAGUAUUUAAUUAUAAAAGGAUAAUUAGUUAAAUUUAUUUAUUUUUAAUUUAUAAAAAUAUGAGCCACUUGAAAGCUUCUUAAAGUGCAAUAAAAGCGUUGAAAAAAUCAGUUUUUACUUCACAAGCCAAACGACACCAGCGCGUCGCGUAUUUAUUGAUUCGCAAAGGCUAAUAUUAAGCUGCAACACAAGUGAUAACUAAACAGUAAAAAAUAAUCGCGAAUUAAAUAAAAUCCUUAAUUUAUUUAAUUUAAAAUUUAGAAAAUCUGUAUAAUUUUUUAAAAUUGCUUAUCACUAGCGUGGGUGUUCAAGUACGUGUGUGUUUGUGAGCUCCUUUCAAGGAUUACGGUAAACACCGCAUGGUAUCUGUGUGUGUGUUUGUGUGAAAAAGUUAUUAACAAAAUCUGGUUUCAAAAAAGAUGUAGAAAUUAAACUAGGAAGUCGAAUUAGAGAUCGCAACUAGUCCACUCACAAGGAUGUCGUUUAAACUAUUCCGCCGUGGCUCGGCGAGAUGCAUUGGCCUCCUGUCGGCUUUUGUGACGAUCCUCCUCUGCCUCUACUACAUCUCCAUUGGCCAGCCCAAUCCGGCGCCCAUCUCCGGCACUGGGCCGCCUACAGCAGCCUUGCGGGGCUCGCCCCUCAAUGGCCUGUCUGCAUUUAGCGUGGGAGGUGGUUCCUCCUCAAUGCAAGUCCCAAAAACACACGUCAGCAUCGCUUCGAACACGAGAAGAGCCUCCGAGGAUGACUUCACCAACCGGCAAUGGGGUAACAAGUGCUAUGAGCUCCUCCAGAGCGACACCAAUAUAACAGCCAGAGAAGAGCACAGCAAGUUCGACUUUCAGCCCGAGUGGAUGCGUUCGAAGGAGUACUGGGAUCGUGGCUUUGAGGAGCGCUUCGAGGCCCAGAAAAAGGACAAGCAGAGACCGCCACUCAAGAUCAUUGUGGUGCCGCACUCCCACAACGAUCCUGGCUGGCUGAAGACUUUCACCAACUACUUCCAAUCGGAUUCGCGGCAGAUUCUCAACCUGCUGGUGACCAAGAUGCAGGAGUACACGGACAUGACGUUCAUCUGGUCCGAGAUUAGUUUCCUGCAGCUGUGGUGGGAUCAGGCUCACCCCACCAAGCAGCGAGCUCUCAAGCGGCUAAUCGACUCCGGUCGGAUAGAGAUCACCACCGGCGGAUGGGUGAUGACGGAUGAAGCCAACGUGCACAUUUAUCCCAUGCUGGAUCAGCUCAUCGAGGGACACCAGUGGCUGAAAAACAACUUAAAUGUCACCCCGAAAGUGGGAUGGUCGAUCGAUCCUUUUGGACAUGGGAGCACUGUUCCCUAUUUGCUCUCCGGAGCCAACUUCGAAGGUGCAAUCAUCCAGAGGAUUCACUACGCCUGGAAGCAGUGGUUCGCCCGCCAGCAGUCUGGUGACUUCAUCUGGAAGCCCUACUGGAGAAGCAGGAGUGGCAGUGACAAAGGCAGCCUUCUCACCCACAACAUGCCGUUCGACAUAUACUCGAUCAAGGGCUCAUGUGGCCCCCAUCCUUUCAUCUGCCUGAACUUUGACUUCCGUAAAAUACCCGGCGAGUAUACGGAGUACUCCGUCAAGGCGCAGUUCAUAACCGACGACAAUCUGGAGUCCAAGGCACAGCUUCUUUUAGAGCAAUACGCCAGGACUGCAUCUCUAUUCCCGCACAACGUGGCUCUCAUCCCGGUGGGCGACGAUUUUCGCUACAACAAGGAGCGAGAGGUGGAUCAGCAGUAUCAGAACUACAAAAAGCUGAUCGACCACAUCAUGGCUAAUAAGAGGCUAUACAAUACGGAUAUCCGCUUUGGCACACCCAGCGAUUACUUCGAGGCCAUCAAGGAACGGAUGAGGGACCACACUCCAAGUUUUCCCAGUUUCAAGGGCGACUUCUUCGUUUACUCGGACAUCUUCUCGGAGGGCAGGCCAGCCUACUGGUCGGGAUACUUCACCACCAGGCCGUUCUAUAAGCUUCUGAGCUCCGAGCUGGAGCACCAGCUCAGAUCCACCGAGAUCUUGUUCACUUUAGCAUACAAUACUGCUCGCCAGGCGAAACGUGAAAAUGCCAUAAAGAUUUACGAGAAGAACUAUGAGCUGAUCAUUAAUGCCAGGCGUAAUCUUGGCCUGUUCCAGCACCACGAUGCCAUUACUGGCACUUCGAAGGCGGCGGUGAUGCGAGAUUAUGCCAUGCGUCUGUUCGAGAGCACCCAGAACAUGGUAAAGAUGCAGGAGUCCUGCAUGGAACUGCUGCUGCAGAAAGGAAUACCUCGGCAUCAUGGUUUUCUUUUGAGCGAGUUCGAGCGGGACAACUUCAACAAGCUGCCACGUAAAAUGCCCAUCCAGAUGGUGAACGGCGAUGAAUCGCCACCCACAUCCCCGGCUGCAGGUGGAGGAGCAGCGGCUGCCGGAUCCGUGGGCAGCUUUGUUAUGUACAACUCGCUCGCCCAAAAGCGUCUGGAAAUCGUCACGUUACGUGUUCAGCAUCCCAAUGUGAAGAUCCUCAACGACCAGGGCGUGGAGCUGAGCCACAUCCAGAUCAAUCCAGUGUGGAACAUAGCGGAUAGUAACGACCAGGGACUGGGUACGACUGCCUCUGGAACUGGUCGGAUACGGACCUCGACACGGCAGUAUGAGGUGAUGUUUGUAGCCGAGCUGGAGCCACUUUCCCUAACCACCUACCGCGUCCAAGUGGACGAGACCAACUACAAGCGGAAUGUUGCCACAAUUUACUGUGAUGACUGCACGGAACAACCUACCUUAGCAUCAAGAGCACCGGGAGAACCAGAGCCAUUGUCAACUGCAGUUUUCGAAGCUCGGGGCAAGCCAGCGGGCGACAUCCAACUGGAAAAUCUUCACAUGCGUCUCCUGUUCGACGAGAAGAGCGGAUUCCUGAAGAGCAUCACUCGCAAAAACCAGAAGAAAGAGCUUCUGAAGCCACUGCAGUGUAACAUCAAGUUUGCUGCCUACCGAAGCGCCCAGUUCCACUCCGGGGCGUAUCUGUUCAAAACGGAUCCCGAGCAGAGCGAGGCGGAAAAGGAGGUGCUCGAGGACGAUGCUGACAUGCGAAUAAUUAUUACUUCUGGACCCAUAGCCAGUGAUGUGACCGUCAUCUACGGCCAGUUCCUGGCCCACACUGUGCGCAUUUUCAACACCCGCACUCACCUGGAUUCAGCCAUCUACCUGGAAAACGACAUCGACUUUGAACCGCCGCCCAAGAACCGGGAGACGGAGCUGUUCAUGCGCCUGGUCACAAACAUAGAUAACAUUGCUCAGGCACCUCUGCCGCGGGAUCCACUCAAGGAACCAGUGGAGCCGGGCCCCAUGCCCGAGCUACCCAUCUUCUACAGCGACCAGAACGGGUUCCAAUACCAUGAACGCAUCAAAGUGCCUGCCAUUGGAAUCGAGGGCAACUAUUUCCCCAUCACUUCGGGCGCCUUCAUACAGGACUCACGUCUCCGCCUGACCCUGCUGACCACGCACGCCCAAGGAGCUGCCAGCUACGAGCCUGGCCAACUGGAGGUGAUGCUGGAUCGAAGGACCCUCUACGACGACUACCGCGGAAUGGGCGAGGGCGUGGUGGACAGUCGGCUGACUCGCCACAAGUUCUGGCUCCUUGUGGAAGACAUACCCGGGGGUCAGCACGUGGUCCAGCCGCCUAGCUACAAGGUGCUCAGUCAGCAGGCUCAGCAUCUGGCUAACACGUUGCGCUACCCACCGAAUAUAUACUUUGUGAACAGCUUGGAGCAGCCGGAUUUGUCUGUAGCGCUGCUGCCCCUGGUGAAGCUCCUGCCCAAAGGAGCACUACCCUGCGACGUGCAUCUGACCACCCUGAGGACGCUCUCGGAUCCGGAGCUGCAGCUGUUUCCGUCCGCCUCGGCGCUGCUAGUGCUGCACCGCCAGGGAUUCGACUGCAGCGUCAGUGCCGGUGCAGAGCUCGGCCUGGAGGACGUGUGUCCCCUGUCAAGCAAAGGAUUGGGAAACGUGCAGCUUGGCCGACUGUCACUGCACACCAUCGAGGCCACCAGUCUUACGGGGACGGAGCAGAAACCAUCGACGGAGAGCCUCCACAUCCGCUCCCUGUCCGAGAUCAGCCUCGAGCCGAUGGAGCUGCGCACCUUCAAUCUCACUUUCCGCGCGGAAGUGUGAAGCGAUCCACGUAGCGGAUAAAUGCAUUGUAUUUAUUUGUGGCUUACUUCGAAUGACUAGUUUUAAGCGCAAGUUGCAAAGUUCUUAGCUUUAUUUAGCUCUCGUCACGUCUAAAGUCUGUCUCUCCAACAGUUUUGAAAGUACAAAGCACUACAUAGGUACAUUUAUAGAUACACAGGGUGGGUAGAUACUUUUUUUUAUUUUUUUAGUCAAUGAGGAUGGAAGUAGUCUAAGAACUAACAAUUUCUAAAUCAAUUCGUCUUGAAGACUGUAACAUUUUUCGAACUAAUGACCAAAAUCAACAAUUUUCCAUUUGUGAUAAGCCCUUCUUUGUUCUGACGAAAGCCUGAAGGUUAAAUGCUGAAUCCCAUAAUAUAUUAAUUAUUUUGGAACAUCCACCCACCCAAGGAAGAACACAAACACACAGGGAAACCUGCAAUAGGCCAAACCAAAAACCCAAUACGACUGCAUUCCGUUUAGAUAAUCUCCCUCAGAAUUGUGCAAUAAUCACCAACUAAAGGGCGCGAUGGAAGUGGUAUGGAGUAGCCUAAGGAGUAGCUUGAUUUUAGAAGGAAAUAUUUAGACAGCAUAUUAGACAAAUUUUCGUUUUCGUUGCGCGAUUUGCGUUAUAUUGAUUUUUUUUAGACUGAUUAGCCUAAAGCAGUUGCAAAAUUAUACACACUAAUCCCAUUCACUAUCUCAAGCCUAGACAUAAUUCAAAACUAACAGAAUCGAAUUGAUAUAUCGAGUGUGAGGCCCUGAAAUGUAGGAUAUAAGUUUUAAAUCAGCAACUUAGUGGGGUAGCGAAAGGAUAAGCCAAAUAUAACAUUACAUUCACUAGAAAUAUUGUACAUAGUCGUAUAGGAUUUGCAGGCACGGUAUAAAUAGCUCUAAUAAACGAUAAUCCACUUAGGCAUUAGCCUCCGGUCACGUAUUCUAGGGUCAAUCAAACAGUUACUACUGAUUACGCAACUACGGAAUCAAUGCAUCCAACCCAAGCCCAAGGAAGACAUCACCCCUAGGAUACCGGAAUGUGAGGCAAGGCAGGAAAACUAUUGACGGAAAGGAUACAAAGGAUUUGUGUAUUUAUUUACGAAAAACUUAUUACAUUAUAUGUAAUUUUAUGAUACUAAAUAAUAAAGUAUUAAAUGAAACCAA